UUUAUAAGUCAAAUGAAAGAGUUUACACAAUUCUUUUUAAGCUGUACAGUUAUUAAACUAUGUACGAUUAGCUAAAAAAUUAUUUUAUUUUAGUAAUUGAGUUUGUACAUGCACUUUAACACAUUGACUGCCAUGUGCGUCAUCAAUGAUUCACAGCGGCCUUACUUUUCGGAGCCAUGCUCAUCGAAUGUGACUCAAAUUUUGUAUUGUUUGAAGCUGUGCUUCAUCGGUGCUUCACCAAUGCACCAAUUUAUAUGGUUAAAAUUAUUUCUACGGGUUCAGGAAGUAUUCUUGGUACUACGGAUAUUCUUGGCUUCCGGCUUCUGGAAGCUUUUUUUCAUAGAUUCUUAUCUGAAUUUAAUAUAGAUUUUGCUGCAAUUAAGUAAUCAUUAUUUAGGAAAUAAAACAACGAAGUUAUAAUUAAAUGGGAUUGUGUUGUUUAUUGAAAGAAUACAAGACUAGUGGUAUAUUUUAAGAUGUUUACACAUUCACUGAGUUAUUUAUUUUUGAUGUCUGAUAAUAAGGUUGGGGUUGUUGCUGCAACAUUUCCAAAAUCUGUAGCAUCUAAAUCUGAAUCUGGAAAGAAACUGCAAUCUUUGUUUGAGGAGUUUUAUGCCAAAAAUAAAUUUAAAGAAGGUGAUAAAUCUAAUGAGGUAGCAAACAAAUUUCAGAAAAAUAAGAAAUUUAAUGAUUCUAAAGUUCAGUUUGUCAAUGAAGGAUUGAACAGAAUUGGGAAAGGUAAGAAGAGAAAGUUUGCCAAUUUAAGCAGUUCUUCUAAUGACAUUGAUGGGGAUGGUUCAAUGCAACAUGAAAAGAAAAAAGUAAAAAAUCUGGAUGUAAAUUAUGAAAAUCUUCAGACUGCUACUGAUAAAAUUAAGAAAAAUGAAGCAGGUAUUACAAAUUCAUUAACUUCAGAGGGAAAAUGUUUCCCAAGGAAUAACAAACAGAAGAGUGACUUUGUAAAAAAGCCAAUUUCAUUCUUGAGUAAUACUGUAAAGAAAAAACAACCAUCGAUCACUGGAAAAGCAGAGGAUGAAGAAAAAUUUAAUAAGGCUUAUGAUUUCAGUAGUGCUAAAUUGAAAUUCAGUCCAUUUAAAUUGGUGAACAAAAAUAAGAAUGACUUGCAAGAUAAUAUUUUUAAUGAGUCAAAUGAGUCAGGUAAUGAAAAUUUUGAAAAUGAUAGAACAGAUGAUAAAAAAUCAAAAAAAGAUUCAAACUUAUCUAGAAAGAAAUUUCAGAACUUAGACAGUGUUCCUGCCAAGAGCAAAAAGAGGAAAGAAAUUAAAGAACAAGAGGUCGGUGAGUCAGAUGGGUCAAAUAAUGCGGAAGAAGAAUGUGAAAUGUAUAUAAAAGAUAAUAAAAAAUCAAAAAUGCCUUCAAACUUGUCUAAAACAAAAUUUCAAAACUUGGACAGUGUUCCAGGUAAAAGCAAAAAAAAGAAAGAGAUUAAAAAACAAAAGGUGUUCAAUGUUUAUGAUGUGUCAGAUGAUGAAAAAAAAGAAUGUGAAACAUUUGUAAAAAAUGAGAACUUAUCUAAGAAAAAAUUUCAGAAUAUAAAUGGUAUGAAAAGUUCAGAGAAAGAUAAAAAUGUAGACCAAAAUGAGUCUGAUGAUAAAAAAUCAAAAAACGAUUCAAACAUGUCUAAAACAAAAUUUCAAAACUUGGACAGUGUUCCAGGUAAAAGCAAAAAAAAGAAAGAGAUUAAAAAACAAAAGGUGUUCAAUGUUUAUGAUGUAUCAGAUGAUGAAAAAAAAGAAUGUGAAACAUUUGUAAAAAAUGAGAAGUUAUCUAAGAAAAAAUUUCAAAAUAUAGAUGACCAUGCUUUUAAUGGUAUGAAGAGUUCAGAGAAAGAUAAAAAUGUAGACCAAAAUGAGUCUGAUGAUAAAAAAUCAAAAAAAGAUUCAAACAUGUCUAAAACAAAAUUUCAAAACUUGGACAGUGUUCCAGGUAAAAGCAAAAAAAAGAAAGAGAUUAAAAAACAAAAGGUGUUCAAUGUUUAUUAUGUGUCAGAUGAUGAAAAAAAAGAAUGUGAAACAUUUGUAAAAAAUGAGAAGUUAUCUAAGAAAAAUUUUCAGGAUAUAGAUGACGAUGCUUUUAAUAGUAUGAAGAGUCCAAAGAAAGAUAAAAAUGUAAACCAAAAUGGGUCUGAGAGUGAAUCAAAUUCAUCAGAUGAGGAGGGUUUCAAAGACAGUGUUGAAGCUCAUAAGGGGAAGAAAAAUAAGAAGUUAUCAAAGAAGAAAAAUAAAAUUUCUAAGAAAGUAGAUAAUGUUGAUAAAAGCAUGGAAUUCCAGAGUGAAAGUGCUGCAUCUGAUUCAGAGCAUGACACUUUUAAUAAACUUCGUGAAAAAAAGGUAAAAAAUACUAGUAGCCCUGUAAAUAUGCUUAACAAAAAAGAAAGUGAAAAUUUUAUCAGUCCUUCAGCUAAUGAUGAACCUGAAGAAGGUCGUACUGUAUCAGUUGGCAAUUUACCAAUAUUGUCUGCUAAAAAAAUCUUGUUCAAGCUUUUCUCACCAUUUGGACCCAUAGAAACAAUUAGACUUCGAGGAGCUAUACCUGUAAAACCUAAUAUGCCUAUGAAAGUUGCCGAAAUUACGGAAAGUUUUCAUAGUAAGCUGCAUAAUCUCCGUGGAUUUGUGACAUUUAAAGAAAGAAGUAGUGCUGUGGAAAGCUUAAUUUUAAAUGGAACUCUUGUUGAUGAUCGACAUAUAUUUGUGGAUCUUGCUGGUGCCCCUGGCGAAAAGAGAGCUUAUGAUGAUAAGCGAACAAUUUUUGUUGGAAAUUUGCCAUUUGAUGUUGAAGAAGAAACUAUUUGGUCUACUUUUUCUCAGUGUGGGCUUAUUGAACGCAUUCGGGUUGUUCGAGACCGUAUUACAGGUGCUGGUAAAGGAAUUGCUUAUGUUUUGUUUCACAAAACUGAAGCAAAAGAGAAAGCUCUGACUUUAAAAGAUGUUGAAAUUGGCAACAGAAAUUUAAGGAUUCAACCUGUAGAAAGAUCUAACCACAAAAAGGAGGAAAAUGCUCACAAUUCCAAAUCUUCCUUGAAUUCUUUCAAAAGCAAGGCUAUAAGAAUGAAGAGAAAUCUGCAAAGGCCAAAUAGUAGGAAGACAAUAAAAAAGAUGGAGAAGAAAAUAAAGAAGAUGCAUAAAAAGAAAAAGAUUGCUUCCCAGUUUAAAAAUAUGAUUUAGCAAAAUAAAUUUGUAUGAUUUUUUAAUCUGAAAA